AUGAUAUUUUUUAAAAAAGGAUAUAAUAAAUUAUUCAUUCAUUUUAACUACAAUGUAAUUAUAAAACAUCAUUUCAGUAGCUUAGAUUUAAACAGAGUUAGUUUAAAAAAACAAAGGAAAGAAAAAUUUGAGGAGGUAUGGAAGAACAUUAUUCGUAAGAAGUAUAUCAAAAGAAUUGUAGAUAUUUUUGAAAUAGAAGAAGAAAAAAAGAAAAAACAAAAAAACAGCAGCAACAACAACAACAAAAAAAAUAAAGAUGAAUAUGUUAAUGUACAUUUAUGUGAUGAUAAAAAUUUUUUAGAUGCUGCUAAAACGUGUUAUUUUGUUUUAGGAUCUGAAGGUGUAGGUAAAAAAUUUAUGAUUGAAAAAGCUAAGGAGAUAUUUAUGAAUAAUCAUAAUAAUGAGAUGAGAAAAAAAACGAAAAAUAUAUUUUUUGAAUAUGAUUGUAGAGAAAGGAAUGAUAUAAACUUCUGUAUGAAAAUGUAUACACUUGAAUAUUCUUUACGAUAUAAAUUAUUAAAAGAAUUAAAUGAUGAUAUAAUAAAUAAUUCUAUAAAUCUUAAGGAUAUAUAUGAACAUAUGAUAUAUAAAGAUAAUAUAAAUGAAUCUUAUAAUAUGUUAUCAAAAUGGAGAGAUUUCUUUAUACAUAUAUAUGAGCAUCCAGAAUUAUAUGAUUAUUUUAAUAAAAAUGAUUUAAAAGAAAUUAAUAAUUAUCAACACAUGAUAAAAGAAAAUAAAUAUAAUUAUGAAAUGUGGUAUGCAUUUCUUGAUAUGCUUUUAAGAAAAUUAAACGUUAAAGUUUUUUGUAAUUAUUUUAAUCAUUUCAGUGCUUAUUUAUAUUUUUUCAAAAUGUUAUCAGAUUAUGAAGAAUAUUAUUAUUAUAAAAAAUAUACAAAUAAUAUUUUAUUAAAUUAUACUAACGGUACAUUUAUACAUACAUACUUUUUAUAUAUAAUUCAAAAUUUACAACAAAUAUAUAACUACAAUUUCUUUUUUCUUUUUUAUCAUUUUCAUUUUUUUUUAUUAAGUUCACAACCUAUGAGAGAUUUUAAUUUCUUUGUUCAUUUAGUUAAUAACAAUAUACAUUCCAUUCAUUAUCGAUUUCCUAUUGUCAUUCAUGCUAUAAAAAAUUUGGAAAUUAUGAAAUCCAUUUUUAUGUAUAAUAAUAUAAUCAUAAAAUGGAUACGUGAUCAAAAUAUAGCUAGCCAAACUAAAAUGAGACAAUUACAAAAGGAAGAAGACAACGAUUUAUAUUUAAAGAAAAACAAACACGAUCAUAAUAUAAAAAGGAGUAACAAUAAAAAUAAUGCUAACAAUAAUAUGUCUUUUGUAGAAGAUGUUCAAUAUAAUAUUCAUAACAAAAUGAAUCACAAUAUGAAUAUUUCUUCUUUUACUAAUUUAUAUGAUAAUAAAUCUGAAGAAGAAAACCAACACAUUUUUGAAGAACAUACCUUCAAUAUGACCAAUAAAAUAAAAAACAAAACAGACAAAAAUGAACAGAUAGAAAGAAGUAAUUAUUAUAAAAAAUAUCAAGAUACAUUACAAAAUAAUAAAGUAAAUCAUAUUCAUAUAAAUUCUUAUAAAACUUCUGAUGAAUAUGAAUUAAUAAUGGAUAAUAUAAUAGAAAUAGACGAUUUCUCAUAUGAUAUGAUAAAAUCUAUUUUAAUACCCCAUUUUACAAAUAAUGAAGAUAUAUGUAAUUAUAUUUAUAAAUAUAUCGGAGGUAAUAUUCAGUUGAUAAAAAUUAUAUGCAAAAGCUUAUACGAAUUAAACCAACAGUUUAAUGAAAAUGAAAUUAUUAAACAAAUUGAAGAUGCAAGGAAACAAAAUAUUACUUAUGAUAUGGACGAAGAAGAAGAUGAUAUUUUAAAUUCUAAUAAAAAAAAAACCAUAGAACAAAUUAUAACCUAUAAAAAAAAUGAAAAAGAAAAAUUAUUUUUAAAAGAUUUAUGUGAACAAGUGUUACAUAAUUUUAUCUUAAACUUUGAACAAAAAAUUAUACAAUUUUUUACCUUACCAAAUAUAGAAAAAAUGAAAAUUAAUCAAGAUGAUCAUAACGAAACAAAUGAAAAAUAUUAUGAAAAUAAUAAUAAAAUAAAAAAUAAAACAAAUGAUCAUAACUCUAAUAAUGAACAUAAUAUACAAAAUAAUAAACCCUUAAAUUUUAUACAAUUUUAUUUUACUAUUUUUGAAACCAUCCGUUAUUUUUUAAAAAAACAAAAAGUCUUUUGUCAUAAUAUUAUUAAUCUAAACAAUCCUAUACUUUUAGGCUUAAUCGAUGUAAAUAUAAUACAUUAUAAUUAUCAAGAUAAAUAUCUAGAAUUAACAAAUAAAUUUUAUCAUAUCUUAUUACUGAAUUAUAUAGAAUUAAAUUAUAAACAAUAUCCCCUCAAACUGAGGAUUCAAUAUAAUGUUAAUUAUAUGCUUAAUUAUAAAAUCAUAGAGCACGAGUAUAAGUUAUUGGAAUGUAAAAAUUGA